AUGGCGUAUGGUAAUUCGCCUUUCAACCUCACGUAUGCUGAUAAAGCUGCACUUACGUGCUCAAAUAUCAAAGAUAUACCGGCUGCGUACGUAUCCGGUGCAUUCAUACUACCACCGGCAUCGCUAUUUCCGAACACUCAUCCUGGAUCAGUAACGCGAUUGCCCGAUGGUAGUUCGCACAAAGCGCGCAUCACACACCGCAACCCGUUCAGUGGAUUCGAGGGUUACGACUUCGAGAAGACUAGAAGGAAGGCGAGGCGGACCAGCUACGAAGAGCAAGAGUACUCCCGGCACUUGAUGGAGGGAGAGGUACGCGCGGAUGAAUGGCUGAUGUUUUUUGAAGUUAAAAAUAAUCUAGAUUACAAGGGUGGAAUAGGCCUUGCACGUAGCAGUAAUGCUGGCGGCCACUGGGUGUAUGACAAGAUUGUGCUGGAUGAGUACUUUCAGGUUGCAUUUCCCUUCGUAUUUCGCGUCGAGGGCGAUCUUUUCAUGAUACCUAGCACACGGGAGAUCAACCAGGUCAGGUUAUACAGGGCCACCAGUGAUGAAGCGGAUGAGUGGGAGCACGUCUCCACACUUCUGUCUGGGCGUUCUUAUUGCGACACGAAUAUUGUGUACUACGAUGGUCAGUGGUGGAUGUAUUCUUGGACAAAGAAGCCAAAUGAACUGCACCUGUACUACAGCGAGUGGAUAGAAGGACCCUGGAAUGUUCACCCAAUGUCGCCCUUGGAUGUAAAAAAACAUGAUCGCCGACCUGGCGGGCGUCCUGUUGUAUUUGAAGGCAAGGUGAUUCGCUAUUCGGUGUGGGGUACCUCUUUGAGAGCCUUCCAGGUGGAUGUUAUGAACACCACACAUUAUGAGGAGAACAAGUUAAAAGUCAAAAUCAAGGGAGAUAAGCAUAAACAUUGGAUUUCCAAGCGUGUCCAUACCGUUGACCCGCAUGAGUUGAGCCCUGGGGUGUGGGUGGCAGGUGUUGAUGGGGAUUCGCAACGGAGUAAGCCAGUUACGCGCAUGGUGGUGCGCUGGGCUGUGCUGUCCGUUGUAUUCUCUAUACUAGCUUUCGUUGUGAUGAAGGUGAACUUGUUCAAACCGGCGGCAAAGUCCAUUAGGAAGCUGAUUUUGCAUUUGAGAGGCCAUAAGCGGCAGUUGCAGCAGUGGGGCUCGUGCACACACCUACUUAUGGCUCUCUGUGUAUGGAUCUUCGGGCUGUGGCGGCUCGAUUGGCUAUUAGACUGUCGCGAACCGUACAAUGUGGCCCAUUUCCAAGGUAUAGGCACAUUGUGUUUAGGGGAUGUCGCAUAUUAUUCUGAGCGAUGUUUAGAAUUUGUCGAGCGAGUGAAUGUCACAGGGAUGCACGGGCAUCAGGGGCUCAAAGACGUAUAUAGCCCUGGUUUGAGUAUAGUGGGCAAUUUGGUGGAGAAACCUGAAAGAGACAGGGCGACUGGACCCUUACUUCAAGGUCUGCCCACGAUACCCAAUGGCGAAUCAUAUCUUGGGCUGGAUGAAGAUGAAGAGGCAUCUGAGAGUGCAAUGGAUGUAGAUGGGGAGUGUGAGAUAACCGUGAUCACCGCUAUGAUUGAUCUCUCUCCAUAUAUGAAAGCGGUAGGAGAAAGAGCGCCCGCGCAGAUGGAGGCAAAGGCGUCGGCCCGUGGAUAUGAUAUAUAUAAAACCUGGUUUAAGCAAAUUCUCGGUAUUAACGCGUGCAUGGUGGUCUAUGUGAAAGCCGCGGAUGUGGAGUUUGUUUGGCAGUAUCGCUCACCCAAGACUACUGUAGUCAGCGUUGUACCUAAUGAUGUAGUGGAGACGUAUAAGCACAUAGGUGAAAUAGAGGCCAUUGUAAAUAACUUGACCUAUACGCAAAAUGUGCGCCGCCCGGAUAGGAUAGAAAUGAGAGUCCCCGCCUACUCGGUGACGCAGUACAAGAAGAUCGAUUGGGUGUAUGAAGCCACCGUAUCUAAUCCCUUCGGCUCAGAUUUCUUCUUCUGGGUGGAUGGUGGAUAUGGUCACGGCAAGCGCAUGCCUGAUCUGGGCGGACAGGUUUGGCCUAAUCCCGAUAAGGUCAGAUCUAUACUGAACCUAAACCAGGCGUUCAUCAUCCAGGUAGACGAUCCCGUACACGAGCACUGCUUUGAUAUCCGCUCCAAAUUUAUGAGGCACGAAAGCACCAUAGCCGGAGGCUUCUUCGGUGGCACAAAGGCUAGUAUGCACAAGAUGCACUCGCAGUUUCACCGUCACUUGGAAACGGCGCUGGAGGGCGGGUAUAUGGAUGAUGAUCAAGCCGUGUUCUUCAGCAUGUGGUGUGAGAGUCCGAGCCUGUUCCAGCUAGAGAGAUGUCCCGCGAAUCUGCUGUGUAAGACAGUGGGUGCCAACCGAUGCUUUGACCGGUGGAAUUGUGCGCCGCAGUUCUUUGCCAAUGGUGGCUUGCACGAUUUCCACAUCUGGCUUUAUCAGUGGAUCGGCACAUAGCAAUAUAACAUAUAUUAGUUUUAGUACGUCUUAAGCUGAGGCCAGAAAAGGUUAAGACAGAAGCUUAACAAAAACAGAAGCUUAAAUAGAUGGUCUGAGAGCCACUCAAUAAAAUAGAGGCUG